CUCGUUUCAGGGCCCGACAGAUACAAUGUCGGCGGGGGCGGAUGCAGGGCCGCUUGCACAGCUCCAGAGCAUCGGCACCAUCAUUCUCAAUGGCAAUCCUGCUCAGACCAAAGAAGACGUUGACCGACUGAGGGUAAGUACAACUACCUCACACACGGCCGAUGACCUCACACACAGGUGCUUUCCUCUUCUUGCCUUCAGGGUGUGCUGUGGUCUCGUGGCUGCCGCCGGUCAAUGACACAUCUGACCCUGCUGCUGGACUUCCGCGACAUAGACUCGAGUGUCCUUCCCGUGGUGCAGUCCCUGGAGCAGCUGCACGAGGCGUGCUGCCGGCCAGACGCCCCCUUCAUCUUCGAGGAGGACUCGCCCAGCGCGGCCAACGCCAACAGCAUGCACCUGAGCUUGUCGCUCUUCUACGGCGAUGACUUCCCCCGCAACCCCUCGGCCCUCUUCAAGCAGACCAUCCAGCAGCUGGCACGGCAGGCCAACGAGAUCUACUUCGCCAUGGCGCAACACGAGAUCAACAACACCGUGGACAAUCCCAGCAAAGCGGCCAUCGACGUGGCCUCCAGCCUGUCCUUCGAGCGCGCCGAGAGGGUGACGGUGUGCGUCUUCACCUACCCCCCUCCCCCUCCCACCACACCCUGCCCCCACCCCGCCAUCAUCGACCACCUCAGGCCAUUCCCAAAGGCCACCCAAUUAGACAUCACCGGCAGGCUGGCUGCGACUGCGGGCCGUCUGCUGGCCGCCCGGAUGGCGACCCAAGUGGCGAAAGUGACCAUCAGCGGAUUCCCCACCGGUGAGGCGCUGGGCAUCGUGGGCGAGCUGGGUAGCGAGAGGGUCGUGGAGGAGGUAUCGAUCCACAGGGGGAGUCCGCGGCAGGUGUCCUUCCCCUUGGCCGCCGACUUGCCGACGAUUAGCCAGCUGUGUUUCAGUGCACAUGGUGGGUGAAAAAAGGCAAUCAAGACAGGCUCCUUCUUUGGUCUCGUUCGUCCAUCGCUGUCGUGUGUGUGUGUGUGUGUGUGUGCAGUGCUGUCAGGUGAUGUCCAGGCCGAGUUCCCGUCCGCACUCUCGGGUCUGUUCCAGCACGUCCCGGGUCUGCAGCGUGUGGCCCUGUCAUUCGACAACCACUCCCCAGCGGCCAUCCAUUCCGCCUUCCCCGACGGCUCGACGAUCGGACAUUUCCCCGUGACAGUGGAGGAGCGGUCUGGGUGCCCUGUCGUGAUGGUCUCCCGUGACGCGUCGUAGACACGUACGACACACAGUAAUGGAGAGCCUUUUCGACCAUUGUCUGCCUGCCUGUCUGUCUGUCUGUCUGUCUGUUUGGUCAGGUUAGUCGCGUUGGCCUGCGUUGGGACUCGAGCGGCCGACAGAGUAGGGACGCGAUAGCUAGAUACAUCUGGGCUGUUUGAGUUGAGACGGCAGCUGGGGUGGCUGCCAAGACCUAGUUGACCUGGUUAGCCUGGCUGCUGUGUGCAUACUUACAUCCUCACUGACUCUCAAGGGGCAGGGAGGGACGGGACGGGCAGACUCGUGCGUGUCGAAUGGCGAGGUGGACAGACGCGUGGAUGUAUGUCAUCCAUUCAAUUGAAUCGAGUCGUCG